AUGGAUCUGCUGCUUUCAUUCUCUGAGAGGUGGAGUGCAAGGUAUAUGUUUCUGCAUGUUCUGGUGGUUGACAAGGCUGGAUAUCAGGGCAGUACAUCAAGUGUUACACAAAUGAGUGAUAUUGUGGCUGCUAAGGUAAUUGCAGAAGGAGCAUCAAGCAGCCAGCAUGGUAGUACUGUUAAUGUUUGUGAGUCAGUUGUUGUUAUGCCUGCUGUUGAUCCCUCUGUUGAAGGGCCUCCUGUCCAAGUUGAGGACAUACCAAAUAUUGACUGGUCUAAACUUGAUAUUGUCAAUGUUCCAGAUGGUCCAGGCAUGGAGGAAGAUCAAAUGUAUGUUCUUCUUGGUCUUAGGGCAGAGGAUGAGAGAGUAGAGAAUGCCAAGGCUACAACUAAUGCAAAUCAUGUUCCUAAUCCUAUUAUAUUGGAUGAUGAGCUUGCAAGUGCUGCAAUCCCAGUGAAUGAUGACAUUCCUGGGGAGCCUAUAGUGCAUUAUGACAGAGAGGAUCCACCAAUGAGUGUUAACACCGUGUACCCUAGCAUGGAUGAAUUUAGGAUGGCUGUCAGGCAACAUGCCAUAAAGGGGGAAUUUGAGCUAGGGACAGAGAAAUCAUGUAAGAGCAUCUUCAGAGGUUAUUGUACAAGUGAGGGAUGCCCAUGGGCUAUUGUUGCAAGACUGAACCCAGACAAUAAAACUGUCAGGGUUACACUGAACAAGUUUGGUCACAAGUGUGCAUCAAUCGGAAGGGUGAAAACUAAAGUGGCUUCACAAAAAUGGAUUGCAGAAAAGGUUGGACCUUCACUAAGGAAGCAUCCUGAUCUUGGUGCUAUGGCUCUGAAAGAAGAGUUGGAGGGGAAGUACAAUAUCACUCUCAAUUAUUCUACAGUUUGGGCAGGUAGACAACGUGCAGUAGACCAUAUAUUUGGAUCAUGGGAAGAAAGCUUCCACGAGUUGUACAGAUUCAAAGCAGAGGUUGAGAAGAGGUCACCAGGCAGUGUUGUAGAAAUAGAUGUGAAGCAAGUUGAGGAUAAAGUGUACUUCAAUAGAUAUUUUUGUGCAUUCAAGUCAUGCAUUGAUGGGUUUUUGAAUGGUUGUAGACCUUAUUUAAGCAUUGAUUCCACUGCCCUUAAUGGGAGAUGGAAUGGCCAUCUUGCCUCAGCUACAGCAUUAAAUGGACACAACUGGAUGUUUCCAGUUGCCUUUGGGUUUUUUGACGCAGAGACAACUGAUAAUUGGACAUGGUUUAUAGAGCAGCUACAUAAGUCAGUAGGUGAUCUUCCUCAUUUAGCCAUUUCAUCUGAUGCAUGCAAGGGUUUAGAAAUAGCUGUUAAGAAGGUGUACCCUUGGGCAGAGCAUAGAGAGUAUUUUAGACACUUGAUGCAAAAUUUUGUGAAGAAGUUCCAAGGGCCUGUCUAUGGCAACAUGUUUCCUGCAGCUAGAGCUUACAGAACUGAAGUGUUUGAGCACUACAUGAAUAAGAUACAUGAGGCUGAUCCUAGUGUGCAACCUUGGUUGUUUAAGUGGCACAAACUCUUGUGGAUGAGGUGCGUGUUUUCUGAUCAAAUAAAAUGUGAUUACAUUAACAAUAAUCUAGCAGAAUCAUGGAAUGCAUGGAUCAAAGAUAUGAAGGACCUCCCAAUAACUGAGCUUGUAGAUGUACUGAGAGCAAGAAUAAUGCAGCUUUUCGAUAGGAGAAGAAGGAUUGGUGAGAGGCUGCAAGGUGUAAUGCUUCCAGUUGUGGUUGAGCAAAUGAAUGCACAAACUAGAGGUUUGGGCAACUUGAAGGUUAUAUGCGGAGCAAAGGACACAGCUGAAGUGACAGAGAUUAAUCCUGAUCACCAAGUAUUCAGACAUGCUGUGAACCUGAAAAACCAUGAGUGCACUUGUAGGGAGUGGCAAGUUAGUGGCAAGCCUUGUACACAUGCGUUGGCAUUCAUAUCUACUUACAGAAACCACAAAAUGGAAGAUUAUCUUGAUCCUUGCUACUCUGUGACUAAGUUUAGGAUAGCUUAUGCAGGAGUCAUUGCUCCCCUUACUGACAAGUCUCAAUGGCCACAAGUUGAUGUUGGGUUCAUGUUGAUGCCACCACUCCAAAGGAGGUAUGUAGGUCGACAGAAAAAGAAUAGAAUACCAUCUUGUCUUGAGAAAGGAAAGAUAAAAGGGAAGGGCAAGUGGAAGGUGCUAUGUAAGAGGUGUGGUGAACUUGGUCAUAGGCAGUCAUCAUACAAAUGUAAACUCAAUGGUACCAAGAAAAGGAAGAGGCGCAGUAGGAAGAAGGUAGACAGGCCGAGCAAAGAAGCAGAAGCAAGUACUAGCACUCCUAAAAGGCAAAAGGUGACAAUGUAG